GUGGCUACAGUCCUCAGCUACAGGAUCCCGGAAGUGCUACUCCGCGCCCCGGAAGCACUUCCUCGGAUCUCGAGUGCGCUCCAGCUCGCGUUCCGUGUAAGACGUAGAUCUGAGCGACCGAAGCCACGAGCGAGAACCCCUGGGCCGGCUCCCUAUCCCACCUCCUCUGGCCCCUGCUGGAGUCUCGGGCUGGCGGCUAGGCCCGCACUUCCCUAACCUUCGAACCCCGCAGAUGCCGGUGGCCGUGGGUCCCUAUGGACAGUCCCAGCCAAGCUGCUUCGACCGCGUGAAGAUGGGCUUCGUGAUGGGUUGCGCCGUGGGCAUGGCGGCGGGGGCGCUCUUCGGCACCUUUUCCUGUCUCAGGAUCGGAAUGCGGGGUCGGGAGCUGAUGGGCGGCAUCGGAAAAACCAUGAUGCAGAGCGGCGGCACCUUUGGCACAUUCAUGGCCAUCGGGAUGGGCAUCCGAUGCUAAUCAGGGCAGUGGUUGCCCACAACAUGCACCCCCUCCCAUCAGUUCCAUCCCAUGUGUACUAUAAUAAAGCAAGUCUUUGAGUAUUCAGA